GCGCAAUUAAAUUAAUGGGAAAAUGUUUCGAAACCAGUGUUAAGCCGCCAUUGAUUUUGUCGGCUAAAUGAAAGUUGUGUAACGUACCGAAAAUCGUUGCAUAAAAAAUUUCAAGGUAAGGCAGAUGUAAACAUUGCGACUGCAACAUUUACGGAGCCAGUAUAGACGGAAGAAGCUGAAUACACAAAAUGGCACUUUCGUCGAAGGUUUCAGCGCUGUUACGAGGAAGUUUUGGUCGGCUGCAGACUCCUACAGCGAGCUGCCUAAAUGUAGCAUCCAGACAAAACUCAACAGAUGCUCCGGCUAAAAAGUACGGCCCAUUGAAAGAUCAAGACCGCAUCUUCACCAAUCUAUACGGACGUCAUGAUUGGAGGCUGAAAGGGGCCAUGUCUCGGGGCGACUGGUAUAAGACCAAGGAAAUCCUACUCAAGGGCCAUGACUGGAUACUGAAGGAGAUUCGUGAGUCUGGGUUGAGGGGGCGUGGUGGUGCUGGCUUCCCGACAGGAAUGAAAUGGGGCUUCAUGAACAAACCAUCCGAUGGCAGGCCCAAGUAUCUGGUCGUCAACGCCGAUGAGGGUGAGCCAGGCACGUGCAAGGACCGUGAGAUCAUGAGGCACGACCCUCACAAGUUGGUGGAAGGAUGUCUGGUAGCUGGCAUGUCCAUGGGUGCUAGAGCUGCAUAUAUCUACAUCCGAGGUGAAUUCUACACUGAAGCUUCCAACAUGCAAGUAGCCAUAAAGGAGGCCUAUGAAGCAGGACUGAUCGGCAAGAAUGCAUGCGGGUCAGGCUACGACUUUGAUGUCUUUAUGCAUCGUGGUGCAGGGGCUUACAUAUGCGGAGAAGAAACGGCAUUGAUAGAGAGUCUCGAAGGCAAACAGGGCAAGCCUAGGCUCAAGCCUCCUUUCCCUGCCGACGUGGGCGUCUUCGGCUGCCCAACGACUGUGGCCAACGUGGAGACAGUGGCUGUAGCCCCGGCCAUUUGUCGGCGGGGCGGCAGCUGGUUUGCCUCCUUCGGUCGGCAGCGCAACUCCGGCACCAAGCUGUUCAACAUCUCGGGCAACGUGGUCAACCCUUGCACCGUGGAGGAAGAGAUGUCUAUCCCUCUCAGGGAGCUGAUUGAACGCCACGCCGGGGGCGUGACUGGAGGAUGGGAUAACCUGCUGGGGGUUAUACCGGGCGGGUCAUCCACACCGGUCAUUCCUAAGAGUGUGUGUAAUGAUGUCAUGAUGGACUUUGAUGCCCUAGUGGAGGCACAGACCGGUCUGGGUACCGCGGCCCUCAUUGUCAUGGACAAGUCGUCAGAUAUAGUCAACUGCAUCGCCAGACUGAUCACGUUCUACAAGCACGAGAGCUGUGGACAGUGUACUCCGUGCAGAGAGGGAACAGGCUGGAUGGAAAAAGUCAUGGAUCGAUUCGUUACCGGCAAUGCUAAGCCUGAUGAGAUUGACAUGCUGUAUGAGCUCAGUAAGCAGAUUGAGGGCCAUACUAUCUGUGCGUUGGGCGACGGGGCUGCUUGGCCAGUACAGGGACUCAUCCGACACUUCCGCCCCGAACUCGAAAGCAGAAUGCAACGGUUCCACGAGCAACAGCAGAAGCAGAAAGUGGCAGCUUCAUCGUAGUGACCCUGCCAUCUAUAGGAUUCACAGAGAUUGGCGAUUGACGUG